AUUAAAUCUGACUAUUCCAUAUACCUCGCAGCAGCAACUCGAUACCCGACCGCAACGCACUACAUAUCUCGAGUAUCCGAUUCUCCACAUCUGCCGAUCGACGCGAAACUGAUUGCGAUAACUACGUGACAGCUCCCGAGUCCGCAAAGCCAACUUCACUCCCGAAAUACCCCCCCUACGCUAGUCGAUGCGCGGCCACAUACCUUAAUCAAUGACUACCCUCGUACGAACGCGAAUACCUUUAGAGACGUUGAGCAUGAGUCAAUCUAAUGGAAGAAGGAGGAGCAAGCGGCUUGCCAGUGAGUGAUCUGGGCUGCCUCAAUGGCGAUGUCGAUGGCGCGCAAUACUGAUUGAGACGGCAGCAUACGACGAGGCAGACGACGACUUUGUAUUUACACGCGGAUCUAAACGAACAAAAACAGAACCAGCAGCCCCAGAACCCGCCCCCGCCCCGGCACCAGUACCAGUAACGAUAGUGAAGAGGGGUAGGAAACCAAAAGAACGCGACGAGGAGGCGCCACCAGAGAAGAGACCCCGAGGACGGCCAGCGAAUUUUUCGACACCUACAGCGGAUGUUGAUUCUAGUAAUGUACCGAAGAGGAGAAAAGCUACGCGCACAUCAACGGGAAAAGCACAGAAUGGCGAAUCCAAUGGCAAUGAGAUAGUGCUGGAAACAACAGAGCUCGAUAGCAUGGACUUGGUUGGAUCCACAGACGCAAAUGAGUCGCACAGUAAAAAUUUGGAUAGCACAAUUCAGCCUACUAUAAUCACCUUGCCUUUUAGCGACACUCCAGUCAUUGACCGAAAUAAGGAAAUGAGGAAGAAAGGGACGGGGACGCGCAGGAGUAGCUUAGGACUUCGUGGAAGACGAGCAAGCUCUUUAAUUGAGAAUGGCCAUAGCGCAAUCCCACACCGUCAAGUGGAGACGUCCGAAUUUUAUAAGCAUAUCGAGGCAGAUGGAUUGAGUGAACCAAGGAGGAUGAAACAAUUGUUGACCUGGGUUGGUGAAAGGGAGUUGGGCGAGAAACCGUCGCAUGGUGAAGCGAAUGAUUUAUGCGAACAAAUGGGUGAGUAGAAUUUGCUGUGUAACUGCUAUCUUGCUAAUGUAUUGGUAGCGCGGACAAUUAAGGAAGGCCUUCUUAGAGAUUUUUCGAAUAGGUCGGACUAUUCAGACUGGUUCACUAGGGAAGAUACAGCACCCAGAAAGGUCAUCAAGAAACCUAAUCCGCGGAAUAUUGAGCUAGAAGAGCAAAUAGCAGAAUCAGACGCCAGAAUCAAGUUGUAAGUUAUCUGGGCCUACUCGCAUUCCCAUGAAGUUUUAUACUUACAUGGUUCUAGACUGAAACAGGAACGCGAUCAGUGGAAAGCACUGGCAAAAUCCCCACUACCCCUGCCCCCUAUACUACCUGAGAAUUCUUCUGAAAUAAAAUUUUCUGACAUCGAUGCGUCACUCCUGUCUCCAGAACAAUCGAAUAUUUUGGCAAGUGUAUCAUCAAUGUCAGCUCUUAGCCUCCGAGAAAAGGUGGCCACACAAGUCCAGGAUUUGAUAUCUGGGCUGGAAUUCAAGGUGGAUCGGUUCGCAGAUGGUGUCCACAAGCUCGAGCAGUACGAACAAACAGCCGGAAGAGUCGCUGAUAAAAUCCUUGCAAUAUCCGCUGUCAGGUUGGAAGAACGAGAUCGACGAGAGAAGGAAGAAGUCGGGACACGAGACGUACCGAUGCAAGAAGUCUUGAGGAGUUUGAGUCGGAUUUUACCUCAGAACAACAAUCGAUGAUCAUCGAGUCCAGUCUUUGCAAUUUUGUUAAGUGAACUAGUUAAUCAGGGUGUUUUUUAUACCCAAGGGAGCAAGGAAGAUAGAAAUGCAAUUUCGGAGCUGGGGGGUUAUUGAAUUGAUGAGGCGUGAAUGACCUUUUUCUACAUGGUACCUUUUUUUCUGGGAGCAUUGGUGUUUGGGUGGAUACCGUAUCUGAUGUUUUGAUCUUGAUUGUACAAAUCAAAGGUUUUCGUUUGGAGUGAUGCUUGACGGUGGUAUACCAGGACAUCUUAAACCUGGACGAGGUGUUUGGAGGGGUGGCUGUACUUGACUAGCUAGUCUCAGUAUUCCUAGAGUACAGCAAAUAAACACAGGUGACAC